AUGGCGCGGGCAGGACAUUCAGGCACAGUCGUGGGCUCGGCCAUAGUGGUGCGAGAGAAGUACUACUGGCCAGAUCUUCAGCUCAACAUCUGGACAAUUGUCAUGCUAGCCACAGCGGGAACAAUCUUAGGCAUCAACGCACAAUUCAUGUCAAUACAGGAUCGAAUGGGCCUCGGGACGCCAUGGAUAAUGCCGUAUGGCGUGACUGUCGGCACCCUCGCCAUCAUCUUCAUCAUCGUCGAAAUCGUCUACAUUGCACAACGUAAACUUCUUCCCGGCAUUAUGAUGCUGCUGUCGUUUAUUCUGCUCGUUCUAUUCAUCGCUGGUAUAAUCGGUACUGCGAUUCAGCUGUUCGCCGGCCCGAACAUCAACAAUCAGUGCAAUACUUAUGUAUUCAACAACGGUGUUAGUGGAGCGAACAUUGAGACGCUGGCAUUCUUGCAGCAGAGAAAUAUCUGUCAGUGCUGGCAGGCUGAAUUCGCCUUCUGGAUCAUCGGGUCCAUAUUCCUCGUCUGGAUGAUGGUCAUGGCGAGUCAAGUCAACUCGAAUCAGUACGUUCGGUGA